AUGGACGCGGAACGGAUCUCCCACAGGAACAGGCACGGCAAGCUUCUCCACCUGAGAAUGAACGCGAAUUCCGAGGGUUUUUUCACCCGGAAUUCCCAGAAUUCCAACGCCUUUUCCAGGGUGCAGAUCCGGGACCGGGAGAUCAAGGUGAACAUCUUCGACAUGGCCGGACACCCCUUCUUCUACGAGGUGCGUAACGAGUUCUACAAGGACACGCAGGGCGUGCUGCUGGUGUACGACGUGGGCUCCAAGGAAUCCUUCGAGGCGCUCGACUCCUGGCUGGCCGAGAUGCGCCGCGAGCUGGGGCCGCACGGCAGCCUCGACAGCGUCGUCUUCGCCGUCUGCGCCAACAAGGUGGACGCGGGGAAGCUGCGCGUGGUGGACGAGAGCGCGGGGCGGCUCUGGGCCGAGAGCCGCGGCUUCCUCUACUGGGAGACCUCGGCGCAGAGCGGGGAGGGCAUCCAGGAGAUGUUCCAGAAUUUCUACUCGGCCAUCGUGGAGCUGUGCGAGAGCGGCGGGAAGCGGCCCCAGCGGGCGGGAAGCGGCCGGUGGCGCCCGGGGUUCACCUACGAGCAGGCCGACGCCAUCCGGCGCAUCCGCGGCAGCAAGGACAGCUGGGACCUGCUGGGGCUCAAACCCGGCGCCUCCAGGGAGGAGGUGACGCGGGCGUACCGGCGCCUGGCCGUGCUGCUGCACCCCGACAAGUGCCCGGCGCCCGGCUCCGAGGACGCCUUCAAGGCCGUGGUCGGCGCCCGCACCGCGCUCCUCAAGAACAUCAAAUGACCCACGCGGGACAAUUCCCGGGUUUUCGCGGCGCCGGCAUCGGAUCCGCGUCGUGCCGGGACAGGGGAGGACAGGGGACGGGGUUCCUGUGGUUUAUUCCUGAUUUUCCUGUGCGUUAUUCCCGGUUCUCCGUGGAUUAUUUGCAUUUUUCUGUGCGUUAUUCCCAGUUCUCCAGGGGUUAUUCCCAAUUU